AUGUCGACCGAGAAGAACAUCUCUUCUGUUCCUCAAGACAAUCAUUUUUCUCUUCAUGCCAAGAUGUCCCAUGAAGAGAACCGCCUGAAGAACAAAGAGUCCGAAAAUGGCGUUGUCGAUUAUGAAACUCCUGAAUGGAAGCAGAGCGAGAAGAGUCUUGUUCGCAAGCUUGACAUGACACUUAUGCCCAUGGUUUGGAUUCUUUACAUGUUUAACUAUCUUGACAGGAACAACAUCGCGCAGGCCCGUCUUGACGACUUUGAAGCAGACCUCGGUCUCGUCAACAAUCAAUUCAACAUCGCAGUAUCUAUUCUCAAUGUUGGCUACAUGCUCGCGCAGCUUCCUUCCAACAUGAUCCUUACAAGAGUUCGCCCGAGUAUAUAUCUACCAUCAUGCGUCAUUGUCUGGUCUUGUGUUUCGGCUGCCACUGCUGGAGUGACCAGCUUCUCCGGCUUGAUCGCAGUACGAUUUGUUCUUGGUGUUGUAGAGGCACCAUUCUUUCCAGGUGCUUUCUUUAUGCUUUCUUCCUGGUAUACCCGCAAGGAGCUCGCCCUUCGCACUGCGGUCCUCUAUUCGGGUCUUGUCAUAGCUACGGCCUUCUCCGGCCUCAUUGCAGCAGGCAUAUUCGCGGGUCUAUCGGAUACCGCCGGCCUUCAUGGCUGGCAGUGGCUCUUCAUCUUGGAGGGUGCCGGUAGCGUUGUUGCCGCCAUCUUGGCCUUCACCCUACUUCCAGACUUUCCAGAGUCCACAACUGGAAGCCAAAAGUGGCUGUUGACAGAUCACGAGCGUCAGGUAGCUAUCCAAAGGAUUGCCCUGGAUCGCGUUUCUCUGCCCGAAACUGACCGGUCUGUCUGGCAUGGUCUUGGUCUUGCUGUCAAGGAUAUUCGAACCUGGAUUUUCGUAAUCAUCCUAUGUGCCAAUCACACGGCAUACGGGUUCAAUAACUUUUUUCCCACUAUCGUUCGCUCCAUGAAUCUCGGCAAUCGUACCAUCACACUAGUCCUCACGGCUCCCCCGUAUCUGUUCGGUGCCGCUGCUUCCUUCUUGGUGGCUUAUUCAAGUGAUCGUUUCAACGAGCGCGGUUACCAUAUCAGCGUCCCAAUGGUCUUUGCUAUCAUCGGCUUCAUCAUUUCAGUGGCAACCCUCAAUAAUGCUGCCAGGUAUGCUGCGUCGUUCUUCUACUGCGCCGGCGCCUUUGCUGCCAAUGCGGCAGUUUAUUCCUGGGCAGCCUCCUCGUUGAAUCAAACGCCCGAGAAGAGAGCAUGCGCGACUGCUAUCGUCAAUUUGCUGUCGCAACUUGGCAACAUCUGGAGCCCUUAUUUCUUCCCUGCAUCAGAUGGGCCACGCUAUGUUAUGGCUAUGCUACUUAUGAUGGCCUUCUCUGCGCUCAGUAUUGUUGCAUCAUUAUUGAUGAAGUUUCUGCUUAAGAAGGAUAACAGGAAGCUGCUUGCUGAAGGAGAGCAGUCUGGUAGAGCUGUUAAGCUCUAUACUACUUAA